CGUUACAUGUCACUACUCUCACAAGACGUUGCUUGGUUCGAUGAACAAAAUGUUGGUGCCCUAAUAACAAAGCUUACAGAGGGUGUGGAGAAAAUUGAAGCUGGAAUUGGUGAAAAGCUGGGCAUCUUUAUUCAGUGCAUAGUUAUUUUUAUAAGUGGACUGAUUAUUGGCUUCACCAAAAACUGGAAACUCUCCCUUGUUGGCUGUGCUAUUCUUCCACCUAUCGCGAUAGGAUUUGGACUACUUGGUUACCUAGUUCGGAAGUUUACAGCAAAAACGCAGAGGGCCUAUGAGCGCGCAAAUAACAUCGCAAGUGAAGCCUUGGGAUCUAUUAGAACAAUAUUUGCAUUCGAGGGUCAAAAAACUGAACUUAGUCGCUACACCGCUGAAUUAAAUGAAGCUGAAAAGGUCGGAAUUAAAAUGUCAACUAGUAUCGGUGGAGGUAGGUUUAUGUUACAUCCACUAUUUCAAUGCGAUAAUUUUCUACUGGCGUUUCCUUUUUCGAACGUUUCCUUUGCGUACCCGAUGCGAAAACAAGUCAAGGUGUUAAAUAAUUUUAGUUUAAAUAUCAAACCGGGACAAACUAUUGCUCUUGUGGGAGCCAGUGGGUCAGGAAAAAGCACAGUUAUUCAACUCAUCCAACGUUUUUACGACGCAAAUGAUGGUCAGAUUAUCAUUGACGGUGAGGAUAUCCGCAAUCUUGACCUUGCCUGGUUUCGCUCACAGUUGGGAGUGGUGUCCCAGGAACCAGUGCUUUUUGCGGGAACCGUCACCGAGAACAUCAAACUUGGUGCCUUGAACGCGAGUCAGGAGGAGGUAGAGGAGGCAGCAAAACUGGCCUGUGUUCACGAUUUCGUCUGCAAGUUACCCGAGGCUUAUAAUACGUUCAUCGCAGAAGGUGGUGGCGCCAUGUCUGGUGGCCAAAAGCAACGCUUGGCCAUCGCAAGAGCCCUGAUCCGGAAGCCGCGCAUUCUCCUUCUGGACGAGGCGACGUCCGCUCUGGACACAAAGUCGGAGAAGUCCGUUCAGAGAGCCCUGGACAACGCCAAAGUUGGUAGAACUGUGGUCGUCGUUGCCCAUCGUCUGUCCACAGUUAGGGACGCAGACACGAUCGUCGUGGUGAACAAGGGUCAAGUUGUUGAAAUGGGCACCCAUGAUCAACUAAUGGCAAUCAAGGAUGGCCAGUACGCGAGCUUAGUAAAAACUAGUGUACGUCACUUUAUCUAUUUGUCCAAAACACCGCAUUAA